AAAAGAUCUUGGAUUAUGGCGCUGCGUCUCGGAGGUGGCGGCGCCGCAGCCAUUUUUGACUCUGUAGGCGACACUCAAGCAUCAUGGGCCCCAACCAAAAAAGCUCCGUACAUUGCUGAGCCAGCACCGUUUGCGCUGUGCCCGAACCUGCCCAAGAUCGCGCAGGAGAGAGGAGUGCUAAGCGCGACCAGGGCUGCUUUAUACUCGCGCCACACGCCGCACGAAUGGCUGCAGAACAACAUGCGCAACUACCACGAGGCAGACUCGACGAGGAACCUGGCUGAGCGGCUCAGGAGCGAGGCUGUCAGGGUCAUGCGGGAGGCGCAGGAGUUGACUUCGAGCGCCCAGCGCGAUUCAGGAAGGCGGCUUGGCGAGCGCAUCUCGGACACGACCUUCUGGCAGCACGAGGUGUCCGCAGAGCUGGAGAAGCUGCUGGCCGAGAGCUCCCUGCUGGCAGAAACUCGGCGGUCGCUGGACAAGGCGGCCAAAGACUGCGAUGGGCCCCUGCACGUGGCCCAAGAGUGCCUUUACCAUCGUGAAAAUAGACAGGGAAUCGACUUGGUGCACGACCAGGUUGAAAUAGCACUGCUUUCAGAGGUGGAUACACUCAAGUCUUGCCAAUCUCGUUUGCGGGCGCUCCACGACAGGGCCACUGGCCAGCUCCGUUCGAACAGAGCGGCCCAGCAUGAGCUAGAGAGAGAUUUGCGGCACAAGGAGUCAGCGCUGGACAUCGACUCAAAGUGUCACGGGCUGUCAAACCAUUCAAAAGAAAUCAACUUUUACUCAGGAAUCGAAAAGGUCGACCCAACGGUGAGCGUUCCUGAGACAUGGGCGCAGUUCAGCAGUCGGAAUGUUCAACGUUCUGCAGCCGAGAGGGCGUCAAGUCGACAAUUGCGUUCCGAGGCCGACCUGCUGAUCUCAACGUGCUCCUCUGAGAUGUGGGACGCGUGGAACCGGUCGAAUAACAACCUUGCAAAACGCUCAUCGGAGGUGAUGGACACAAAAUCCAAGCUGGAAAUGCACCUUCACAAGGUCCAGCAAGAAAUUUUCGACGUUGAGCGCAACAUGUCGCAACUGCGCCGCGCAAUAUCAGACAAGUGCGCUCCGAUGAGGGUGGCGCAGACUCGGCUGGAGGCUCGCAUUCACCGGCCUGACGUGGAGCUGUGCAGGGACCCCGUGCAGCACAGGCUCGUCAAAGAGGUGCACGAGAUUGAAAGCAGUGUGGAGCGACUGCAGCGCAAGUUGGCCGAGGCGGAGGCUCAGCACCAGCAGUUGCUGCGCACAAAGGCAGCCCUGCAGGCAGAUCUUCAGGUCAAGAGCAACUCGCUGUUUAUCGACCGUGAACGCUGCCUUGGAAUGAGGAGAGGCUAUCCCCUUGGAUCCUCUGUCAAGUAUUGAGCUUAAGUGCUCGAGUAGUCAUAGCAUAGCCAGUUAAAAGUUGAACCAAAAUAAAAUAAUG